UACAGAUCAACCCGUCAAUUUCUUCCUAUGAGAUUAUUACAGAGGAGCAAUCUGCAGAGAACUUAAUAGAACAAGAUGAAAACUUGGAAACAUAGUUGAGAACUUAAUAGAACAAGAUGAAAACUUGGAACAUAAUUAAGAACAUUAUAGUUAUUGAUGUGAACUUGGAAACAUAAUUGAAAACUUAAUAGAACAAGAUGAAAACUUGGAACAUAGUUGAGAACUUCAUAGUUAUUGAUAUGAACAAUUAGAGACAUGAUAGAAUAGAGGACGUGAUAGUUAGUAAAUACCAGCAUGGGAACAUACUGGAGGACGGAAUAAUUAGUGAUUUAAAGCUGGUGACAAAAUAAAGAACGUGAUAGUGAUUUAAACAUAAGUGAGAACUUGAUACUUAAUAAUUUGAACUUGGAGGCUUAAACAAGAAAGUGAGAAAUGGUGAAAUAAACUGGAAUAAAAUUUAGAUAAUGAUAAAGAGAGGUAUAAACUCAGAGACAUAUAUAUACCGAGGACGUAUUAAUAGCUAUGUGAUAUUAGCUUUGAUUAUACAUAAUAAAGGAAGCGAUAAUCAGUGAUGAUAUGAACUGCAAACCAAAGCUUAAAUGACAAAUCACACCAAGACCUCAUCAGUACAUGAAUAUGCUUUCUCACAUUCACUCUGGGCCCUUAUUUCUUCGUAUUUAGAGUUGUAAAAUUAUAUAUUAAGAUGUAUACUAAAAUCAAAUACCUGGUUUUAACUCUUGUUCUAGCAGCCUGCAUUCUUCUAGUCCGAAGACAACCUGAAUUGAGUAUCAUUAAUUCUCAAUAUGAGAUGGCUAAGAAAUCAGUUACACCUUCACCCUCUCAUCUUAAACCACAGAAACCCCUAAUAAACACCUCGGCAAAAGAAACUCUGGAAAAGUUGUCUGGACCAGGGAAGAAAGCCGGAAAAAAGGAUUUGCCAAAACGAAUUCUAUUCUGGAACGAUUUCUAUGGAAGCCGGAACUACGGGUUCUGCUGUGGAAGGAAUCCGUUCCGUAAAGCUAAAUGUCCGGUCUGGAACUGUCAGACAACAAAAUUUCGAAAUGAAAGCUUGGAGACAAUAGAUGCAAUUGUGUUCCAUCAAAGAAAGUUAAAAACUGACGACUUGCCAGCAAAAAGGUUCCCCAGCCAACAGUACGUUUUCUUAUCCCUUGAAUCUCCGAGUUAUAAAGAGAAAAUUGUUUACAAACAAUGGAACCAGUUCUUUAAUCUAACCAUGACGUACAGGCUUGAUUCUGAUGUACCCAUGCCAUAUGGAACUGUAGUGAAGACGACAUCGAGAAACAAAACAGCUUUUGGAUUGGAAAUCCUCGAAGAGAAAACCGGUUUGGCGGCCUGGUUCGUCUCACACUGUAAUACAGUUUCCCAGCGAGAACUAGUUGUAAAGAAACUUAUGAAGCAUCUACCUGACAACAGUGUACAUAUUUAUGGUUCAUGUGGUACAUUGAAAUGUAAUGAUAAAGAGGAAUGCUGGAAAAUGGUUUCCAAGUCCUACAAAUUCUACUUUUCUCUAGAAAACUCAAUAUGUAAGGAUUAUGUGACAGAGAAACUUUUUGAAGCUAUGAAGUAUAACGUAAUCCCUGUGGUUUUAGGUGGUGCAGAUUAUGCUGAUAUGUUACCUCCCAAAUCCUUUAUUAACGUUGAGGACUUCAAGUCUAUUAAAGAACUGGGGGAAUAUUUAACGUUCCUGGACAGAACCCCGGACGAGUAUCUCAAGUAUUUUAAAUGGAAGACGAGCCACGAAGUUUUGAAUUCAAAAAAAGAUAUAAAUGCGGCAUUCUGUCGACUCUGCGCUAAACUCCACGAGGAUCCUAAACAUAAAAGUAUAGGAGAUCUUGAGGACUGGUGGGUUACUCAAUCCAAAUGUAGAAAUUAAAAUGUAUAUUGUCUAUUUUGUUUUUUAAAUAAAAAAAAUAUCCAGAA